AGCCUGGACGUGGCCAACAACCAGCUGCGGGAGCUGCCCGCCGUGCUGGCCGAUUGCCCCCGGCUGAAGGAGGCCAACUUCAGGGGCAACCAGCUGAAGUAAGCUGCUGGUGAAGGUUCUGCACGUCUCCGAAAACCCAGCACCCUUCAGACGAAGGCCAUCCUGGACUACCUGCGGGCUGGGGGCCGCGGGAAGGGGAAGGCCGAGAGCACCAGAGAGGAGGCCAGGAAGAAGAAGAGGGAGAAGCAGCAGAAGAAGGACGGCGGGGAUGGGGAGCAGGAUGAGCUGGAGGAGGCGAGUAAGCUGCUGGUGAAGGUUCUGCACGUCUCCGAAAACCCAGCACCCUUGGUGGUCAAAGUGAGCCCGGGCGUCAAGGAUGUUCGACCCUUCAUCGUGUGCUGCGUGCUCAAGGGAGUGAACUUGAAGCCAGGAAAUGCUCUGAAGAGGUUCCUGACCACACAGACUAAACUGCACGAAGACAUCUGUGAGAAGAGGACCGCGGCCACGAUUGCCACCCACGACCUGCAGCUGAUCAGAGGCCCUCUGAUGUACGACGUUCAGCCUCCUGACCAACUGAAGAUAACGCCCCUGGGUCGAAAGGAGAUCAAGGCAAAGGAUCUCCUCCGGCAGCUGCAGUCGGAAGCCGAGGAGCAGAGGAAACAGAAGAAGCGCCAGAACGUCUCGGGGCUGCACAAGUAUCUGCAGUUGCUGGACGGCAAGGAGAACUACCCGUGUCUUGUGGAUGCCGAGGGCGCUGUCAUUUCUUUCCCACCGAUAACCAACAGCGAGAAAACAAAGAUUAGAAAAGACACCCGUGAUUUAUUCCUGGAGGUGACCAGUGAUGCCAGCCUACAGGUGUGCAAGGACGUCAUGGACACGCUAAUUCUGAAAAUUGCCGAGCUGAACAGGUUGACUUUGGGAAACAAGGAAGACUCGGGCUCAGACAACGAGUCUCUUUGUGGACCGGCGAAUUGCAGCCCCAGCCAAGACGCGCAGCCGAUGAACUGGCCGUUGGUGGUGGAGCAGGUUCGCGUGGUGGACGCAGAUGGAAACCUCAAAGUGCUCUACCCUUCAAAAACUGACCUGGCCACAGUGUCCUCUCUUCUGACUGUCGUACGUUAG